CUGCUAAAACUAGCAAUGCUAAUUGAUGGCUCGAUCGUUGGGGCCGACGUCUCGUUGUGGUCCACUCGAUUCCUUUUAAUACAUAUCUUGGCGACUAGUGGACUUCUAAACUGUUGUUUGUUCCUCAUCACCUCCGACAAGAGAGAUGCCCGUCUGAAUUUUACGCAGGCAUAUCUUGAAUAAUUCUAGCUGCACACCUACCUCUCCAUGGACACCUUUCUGCCCUCUGCACCGGCAAGAGUGCGGGCACUUGUGCUGCCUGUUGGGAGGAUCAGAAAGGAGCGAUUCUACAUGUUUUUUGAACUGAUCGCACACGAUUGCACUGUUCGUCUCAGGGAAGUAACGCCUGAUCCGAGACCUGAUCGAGCAUUGUUUUCUCCUCUCGAAGUUCCAGAUGGAUAUGUCCUCUAUGACUUCAUGACAUCAGCCCCUUCCAAUGUACAGCUCUCACUCUCGCCUUUUGAGCUUUUCCGCGAACCCUUAUUGGUUCUUGGAAUCGUAGAUGCAAGAGAGUACGACAGCCUCGAGAAAAUUCAAAACUUAACCAUGGCUACCCUCAAAAUCUUUGAAGAAGACUAUCCGCGAAUUCUUGUCUGCAAGUUGCUUGUUUUCCACUCGAUGCCAAUGCCCGAUAUCACUACUAGUCAUGCGGACGCGAUUCAUAUCCAGCUUCAUGGAAAUCCCCAGGACAUGAGUAUGCGAAGGUUUAUGUGUGAUAUUACUUCCAAUCUGUUAGCCGAGAUGACCACUUUGGCCGUCUCACUGAAAGCACUUCCUUCAAUGGCCUCUCCGUCGGUGACAUCUUCAGGGGCUGGUAUGGUCCUUGGCGAUGCAAUGAGAUCGUUUAUUUCUUAUCAGCCGAGUGUGUCUAAUGGAGAUCCAACCACUUUUCUCAACGCGAGUUAUUCACAUCGAAUGUCGAUGCCCGUUUUGCCUUCUAACAACGAGUCUGAUGCACAAUCUGGAUCACCAGAAAGUGGAACGAGAUCGCCACCCCCGCGUACUUUUGAUGAGCUCAUAGGAGGCGAAAAUUCAAUGGACAACCGACGAAAUAUUAUUUCAUCAAAAUCAAGAGACAAUUGCCAAGACAGGGUUUCUAUUUCUGGAUUCGGACCUGGUUCACUUGAUGAAAGAAAGCGAGACCAAGGAAAGUGUAGAAUCUCUAUUGUCAUAAGCUCAUUAUAUAUGCUCGCCGGUCGGUGGAACGAUGCAUUACAUGGCUUUGCCGAGUCUGCAGCUCUUGCCCGAUCUUUCGGUGAUCAUAUAUGGCAUGCAAAGGCUUUUGAGAACAUGAUAACAUGUCUGAUUCUCCUGUCUUGGGCGCAGAUACCAUUCAAGAUUCCACCAAUUUGUUACCCAAGCCUUGACCGGACUUCCUCAAAACUUGCUCAAAUUACGUCACCUACUUCAACAUCUAGCGACUCACCAUCAGCAGACAUAUCUCCAGCGAGAAAGGAGUUGGCUUUUAUGAUACCCGAUCUUAUCAAAAUGGUCAUAAAUCUCUACAAUCGCUCUGCAGGUAAUUCCUCCGAAUGCCUUCCUCAGCUUGCGUACUCAGAAUGCAUCAUAAGAUUAUCCAGAAUACAAGCAGGCUUGCUUCUAGGACAAGGAAUACUGAGCAGCGAUGUACUCGCUUAUUUGGUGAAAGGCACAUCAUUCGAUAACAGAACCAAACCUUUCCUUGACGUGGGAAAGACGAAGAUAGCUGACAUGGUUAUGAAAGCAAUGCCCGGGCUGCCAGAAGCAUCUGGUCUUUCCGCCACCGAUGAAGCCACGAUAUUGGCAGGGAUAGCAUCUGUGUUAUCAAUUCUUGGCUUGCAAAGGAAAAAAGCCAUGCUUCUGAAAGAGUACAUUCGAGCUCUUGUUCGUGCUAUACAUGAAGAGAAGAGAUCUGGAGCUGCAGAGGCAGGGGUUCAUCCCUCAGCUAGUGGCUUUGCUCAAUCAGCGCUCUUUGCUCCUGGUAAUUCUACCUCAGUUUAUGGUCUAGACAACUUUUUGAAUAUGCUUUGUCAAGUAUACGGCAUUCCAGAGACUCGAUCGUAUUUAUUCGAUUCACACAUUCUUCUCCAUGACGCCGAUGGUGAAGAUACAAAUCAACUUGGACCUCUGCUGGACCGUUUAGUUGACGACUUGACAUUGAGAUCGUUUGGCAGUGUAAAUCUGAAGUUGGAUGUUUUGCGUGCUUGUAUUUCCCUCUGGGAGGCUUUACCUGACCCAUACGGAACUCUUUCCUGGACAACAGCAUUGUUAAGAGUGGCAAACCCUGGAUCAUCACCAAGCAGUGACGUAAACGAUGUAUCAAAUCCGCUUUCUCGAGAGGAGCAGUUGCUAUUAUCAGGCACGAUGGUGAAAACAAUUACCGAUGCGAAACUGAUUGGUCUCCGCAACAUCGAUGUAGAUUAUUGGGAUGAGUUUCUUGUUCGGGGGGUUCUUCUUAUUGAUGCUUCGCCUUCUUUAACGAUGCACUCACGCAGAAAAUCGGAUUUAUUUGCCUCGGAAACGAAACAGACUGCGAAGCAAGGACCAUUCAUUCAUAACCCUUUCCUCAAGAAACCCGUACCUAAUGCUGUUCAGAACUUGCUUGUCGCGAAUGAAGACCGAGAGUUUAUCGUAACCUUACAAAACCUGUAUGAAUUCGAGAUCUACAUCGAAUCCAUCAGUCUAUUGGUCAGUGGGUUGAAAUGUGGGUUAUCAAAUAACCAAUUAUUGCGACCCUAUCGAACACAAAGCUUCUCAAUUCUAGUUGCAAUACCAAGUCCGGGACAAUAUGAGCUGACCAGCUGUGUCGUGAAGAUCCGCGGUUGUCGCGAAAAGGCCUUUCCUAUCUUCUCGCACAUAUGGAGGCCGGAAUACAGUUUAAAACUCAAGUCCAUUGGAUUUCUAAAAUUGCACCCUGAAGACGAUCAAACAUCCAGAAAUGCAUCGAUAGCAUCACCUCCAAUCAGCGUAAAAGAUUUUCCAAAACCUAAAACAGUGCUUUUGACAGUUCUUCCUUCGCAAGCGGUCUUGGAGGUAAUUUCGAUUUCGCUGCCGCAAUCAUCUGCCAUGCUCUUAGAAGGCGAAAGCCUAACCUUUAAUGUCACCGUGCAAAACGUAUCAGAGUAUGUCUCUAUCGACUUUUUGCACGUCUCGUUCAACGACUCUACCACUGCUGCUAUGGAAGACGCUAUCUCGAAGAAGAACCUCAAUUCUGCAGAAUUGUAUGAGCUGGAAUACCAACUCGCUCAUCGACCCGCGAUCAGAUUAGUCGGAGGGACCCCUCAUGUAAUUGCACCAAAUCAAUGCUGUGAGCUAUCCUUUGAACUGUUGGGGAAGCCGGGCCUCACACAGGCAUUCAUUGUAAUAGAUUAUGCCACUCUACAUCGGCCAAUUCUGGAUGCCAGGGACAUAUUGUAUACACGGCAAGUCGUACAGCCUGUUUCUAUAACAGUCAACUCGAGUGUUCAAUUGCAGAGAUUUGAUGUGCUUCCCAUAUCAGAUGCAGCAGUCUUGGGUCACGCUAGAGCAAUGACAGACCAUCAACAAGACCACUGUCUCCUCCUGCUGGAUGUUCGGAACACAUGGCCAUCACCACUCGAGAUCACGAUUCAUCAGGAAAAAUCAAAUUCACCAGAGCUCACGAACACCUUCCAGAACACACAAGAGCUUAUAAAACCAGGCCACAUCGCGCGGAUGACUAUAUUCAUUCCCAAACUUUAUAUCAGCAACCCACAUGCUCGCAUUCGCUCCGCAAAUGAGCGACAAUUUGUUCUUAGCGCCAAUUCAAUAUCCCCUGAAACGGAAAGAAUCACGCGUGAGCUAUUUUGGUAUCGGGAGGCGUUACUGAACAUGCUAAGCGUAACAUGGAAACAGUUGGACAGUUCAAAACAUGGCGUUGUUGAUCUGAGAAACACAUUGAGAUUGACGCCAAGAAUGGUAGAUGCGCUGAGACUAGAUGACCUGCACAUCCAGCUGAGUAUAGUUGGAGGAGAGGGGGUCCUGACCGACUCAUCAGGAGCAUUCAAGGUGCAUGUGGAUGAUUACCUCGUUCUGGAGACACGUGUAAGAAAUCGGUCAAACGUAACGAUCUCCCCGAUUCUGCGAUUGCUCCCCAGUUUACCACAUCAGCCACCGGAAUUAGCCCUUGACCUCAGCAAACGGCUAGCCUGGAGUGGACUCAUGCAGAAGAUAUUACAACCAAUUGCCCCAGGAGAAACAGAAGUCUCAAACAUGGCAAUCUAUGUUCUAUCUUCCGGGGAGUAUCAAUUUGAUGCAAUGGUAGAGGAAAUCAAAAGGAUGCCAAGGUCUGAAGAAAAUUCACACGCGGAAACUGUUCCUGAUCCUGUGACUGGAAGUGCAGAAAGGCGAGUGUGGAUUGCCUCUGAACCAUGUAGAAUAGUCGCGAGUGAACGUGACUGAAUACUAUAGAUCUUUGUCUAC